AUGGAUGUCAAUGUGCAAUUCAUGAGCGACUCGGCUAAGCGGCGACGCGACCAGAAUCGCCUAGCGCAACGCAAAUUCCGCGCUGUGUCGAUCAUCCCGCUGAUCGGGGUUGUGUUGACAGAGAAGAAGCGGCGGGCAGCGGACAAUGGUGCUCUAGAGACAUCUCAACCACCACAGUCGACUUCAGCUGUUAACAACGUGGACAUCCCGAUCAACUCCUUGCCGGCGUUCGCGAAUGCACUCCCCAGACUGACAGGAACUCCGUCUCCAACCGAAAUCCAGAUCCCUAGCACAGGGCCAGGGCCCAUAGACCACUUCGAUCUCGACGCAAUUCACUCGUUCUGGGAUCAAACCAACCCCGAGCUCACCUUUCCAUUGUCCGAUCCAUCGCCCCUCCAGCCAAGCUUAGCACACGCGAAUCCCACUCACAGCAACUCCUCCGGUCCCGCUUCACGCACGGCACCCUCCAACAGCACAUCAAGCCAUCAUUCGAGGUCGCUCUCUCGAUCCGCAGACAGCCAUUGCCCGCCAUUCCAUCGCAGAACAUCCGAUUCCGAUAUUCGCCCAGGGAGCCCAGGCCUCCAGUUACCACAAUCCCACAACGACGAUACGGUACUGGAACUCAUUACAUCUGCAAGAAGUGACAAAGGAUGGAUUGGCACGCUUCACAUUGCUGCUCAGAAAGGCCACGAAAGGAUUGUUCGAGUCCUAUUACUCCGUGGCAACAUGGAUGUAAAUGACCAAGACAGCGACGGUCGGACUCCCUUGGUACACGCGAUCAUCGAAAACCACGAUUCAGUAGUCCGCCUUCUACUCUCCCACGGCGCUCGAAUAGGCGUGUACGAUCGCGAAGGUCGCUCGGGACUGCACUGGGCUGUUUUGCGCAGAAGACUCGGGAUACUCCAGCAUCUACUCGACCAUCGCGCCAAGUACGAGCGGAGUUUGGAUCUUGAUGUGUACGACAAUGCUGGCUGGACCCCAUUGCACAUGUCCGUAGAUAGAGCCUUCGAGGCUGGAGUGUUGAUGCUCCUCCAGGGAGGCGCGGACGUCACUGCCAAAGCACACAAAUGUCCGUAUACGGGCAAUGUCGUGCCGCUGAUGGAUCGUCAACGACAAGGUGGGCGAUAA